UCACAUCCUGUCAUGCGCAGAAGUUUGCGGGAACUAAACAUGGCGACGGCGGCAGAGAAAUCAACGAAGCAGCGGUUGUUGUCUGUGUUGGAUGAUCUAGAGGUUUUAUCCAGGGAGCUGAUUGAGAUGUUGGCUCUGUCCAGAGGUCAGAAGCUACCAACGCCAGGAGAAGACACACAGGUCCUGGAGCUGCUUGUGCAAAGGGACAAGGAGUUUCAGGAGCUAAUGGGGGUGGCCCGGCAGCAGGGGAAGGUGCACCAUGAGAUGCAGCUGCUGGAAAAGGAAGUGGAGAAGAGAGACAGUGAUAUCCAGCAGCUGCAGAAACAGCUGAAGGAGGCCGAGCACAUCCUGGCCACUGCUGUUUACCAGGCGAAAGAGAAACUAAAAUCCAUUGACAAAGCCAGAAAAGGAAGCAUCUCAUCUGAAGAAAUCAUUAAGUACGCUCACAGGAUCAGCGCCAGUAACGCUGUGUGUGCUCCGCUCAACUGGGUGCCAGGCGAUCCACGCAGACCCUAUCCUACUGAUCUGGAAAUGCGCAGUGGGAUGCUAGGUCACAUGGCCAACUUGCCGACCAAUGGAGUUAAUGGACAUCUGCCAGGCGACGCUCUGGCAGCCGGAAGGCUACCAGACAUCCUGACGCCGCAUUACCCCUGGCAGUCCUCGGACGUUUCAGUGGGGAUGCUGCCUCCUCACCAUGGCAACGACUUUGGGUUGGAGCCGCCAGGUCACAACAAAGAGAAUGAGGAUGAUGUGGAGGCCAUGUCAACAGAUUCCUCCAGCAGCAGCAGCGACUCAGACUGAAAGAUGAGAGUGUGUGUGUGUGUAUAAAUAUGUGUGUAAAUAUGUGUGUGUGUCUCUUCAGAGUUAACGGCUGGACAAUGUCGGAGCACCCCGCUUCAUUCAAGUGAAAUGUGGCAUAACCUGGGACUGAUUCGUUUAUCGGUCAAGUUAUUCUAAAUGCCUGAGGACAGUUUACUAUGCUGAGAUUAUUUGAACAAUGGACUGCCUUUUUUUUUUUUAAGAUUAGAUACGAAUCAAAUAAGGAAAGUUUAAGCCAACUCAUAUUUCUUUGAGAGUAAAAUGAGUACUUCUCUAAAGCAUCUUAAAAUGAAAGUACUCUCCAUUUUUAGUUCUAAAGAGUGAGACUUAUUUUCUGUUGUCUUUGUCUCUUUUUGUCACAUCAACUUGUGAAUUCUCAGAUGUAUGAAAAAAAAGUGUGACAUCUACAAAAACACAUGCUUCAGUCAUUUUUUCCAAAACAUUAAACGGCCGCUUUUCUGGGUGGUGUGGUACACAAUUGAUUAAACCUUUGGUUGUGUUUAGGCUAAACAUCCGUUGUGCAAAUGAAAAGUAAUAAAAGGGAUUUUUAUCUCCUCUUUGCCAUGAAGCGAAAGGAGAAAAAAAUAUUUCUAAGAGAACAUGCAAACUGGAUGUCUUUUGCUCUUUGGAGAGCCAUGUUUGAAAUUGUUCCUGACUUACUGAGUUGUUUUUGUUUCAAUACCUAUGUAGUGUUAAUGGUUGUAUAACAAAAUUGUCAAUGUAAAUAAGCUUGUAUGUACUUAAUCUU